UUCCAGCUUCUUAGUUCUGGUCAUUGGGUUAUGAGAAAGUCUACUGGGUUCUUCUGAGGAUUAUUUCACAAUAAGAGAAAUCAGACAAAGAGGCCCUCCCUCCCUGCUUGAAUGAGGACUUAAUGUUUGGGGAAGCAGGAGCCAUUUUGUGUCCAAGAAGGAAAGGCCAAGAGGAUCGGAGAGACAACAAAUCGGACCCCUAUCACUGAACUGCUCAAGGACCCGUGGGAGCUAAUAGUUUCAAAGUUCUAUAAAUAGUCACUCUCUUUAUGGGUGCCUUUUCCCGAGUCAGGGAAGGGGGUGCUCUGCUUUAAGUCUUUCCAGUUAAACUGAAGUUUAACAGAAGGGGAUUGCCUUGUGAACAGCCAAACAUUAGUACAACUGAAAUAUGGCAGUUCAUCCCAGGACAUUUCCUGGAACACUAACUCCUGCGAACAGGUUACUCUCAAAACUAAGCUCCUAACUUUGAUCUCAGGUUCACUCUAUUGACUCAGGGUCGCCUCUGCAGGGUGGAGGAGGGUUCAGGCAUAGCCCGGCGAGAGGCUCCCUGCACACUCGGGAUAGUGCCUGCAUUUCCAGCGUCUGGGGGCCGUGAAACGCGCAGGUCCCGGCAGAGAGCGUCAGGCGGCGAGGAGUGCGCAAGCCGGCUGCGUUGGUCUCCAGCUCACUGCUCCCGCCCUGGCCGCCACCGCGGGGAGGGUGAGCAAGAGGAGGAGCCUGAGGCGGCCGCUGCGCCCGGGUGCGCGCGGAGCCCUUUAAAAGCCACCGGCGGUGACAGCUCGGCGGUCCGCCUGGCCCCAGUACCCCGGGUCCUUGCGCUGCCUUCUCGCCAGCCACCCCGCUGCGGCCGAGUCCUCGCUGGGUAGGCUUGUGCUCUGGCGGCCGGACGCUCCAUGCGGCCGCCCAGCAUGUCCGGGCACUUUCUGCUCGCGCCCAUCCCCGAGUCCUCCUCCGACUACCUCCUGCCCCGGGACAUCAAACUGGCCGUGCUGGGCGCCGGCCGCGUGGGCAAGAGCGCAAUGAUUGUGCGCUUCCUGACCAAGAGAUUCAUUGGCGAUUAUGAACCGAAUACAGGCAAGCUGUACUCACGGCUUGUGUGUGUCGAGGGAGACCAGCUGUCCCUGCAGAUCCAGGACACCCCCGGGGGGAUCCAGGUCCAAGACAACCUCAUGCAGGUGGUGGACUCCCUGUCCAAAUGCGUGCAGUGGGCAGAGGGCUUUCUGCUGGUCUACUCCAUCACAGACUACGACAGCUACCAGUCGAUCCGCCCCCUUUACCAGCACAUCCGGAAGGUCCACCCUGACUCAAAGGCCCCUAUCAUCAUCGUGGGCAACAAGGGGGACCUUCUGCAUGCCCGGCAGGUGCAGACCGAUGAUGGUGUUCAGCUAGCCAACGAGCUGGGCAGCCUGUUCCUUGAAAUCUCCACCAGUGAAAACUAUGAAGAUGUCUGCGAUGUGUUUCAGCAUCUCUGCAAAGAAGUGAGCAAGCUGCACGGCCUCAGUGGGGAGAGGAGAAGGGCCUCCAUCAUUCCUCGGCCACGCUCUCCCAACAUGCAAGACCUGAAGAGGCGCUUCAAGCAGGCUCUGUCUCCCAAAGUCAAAGCCCCCUCCUCACUGGGGUAAACUCACCUCAGACAGACUGCCUCCAUUUUAUUGUGCAUUUGUGCAGCUGAAAAGACUGGGGCGGGGGGCGGGGAGGGGGGGGGCAGGGAGGUCUCCUUUAUAAUCACACAUUCAGAGUUUAUUUUUAUACAAACUAUUGGUUUGCAAUUGUAUGUGUAUUUCUGAAAAUUCAGUGAUUGCCUAGAAGUUGAAGAGUUGUUUUUUUAAAUAAAACUUUUUUUUUUUACUGUAACUGCUAGCCACCUUUCCAUUAAAGGCAAAAUGGCAACAUUU